UGAGAUUCAGAAUGUCGGAUGAAGAAGAUUACAUGUCAGAUAAGUUUCUACAAAAACUGGAAGACAAACGACCUGGACUUUCAUUUUCAUCAAAGACAGCGCGAAUUCACCAACAGGAACACAAGAAAAAGGAAAAAGAUGAGAAAAAUCGCGUGAAACCCAAAAAGGUUUUGGAAGCAGAGAAACGAGAGGAGGGGCUAAAUUCCGCUAUAUCAAGUGACAAUAAAGGGUUUGCAAUGCUUUCAAAGAUGGGGUACAAGCCAGGAAUGGCAAUCGGGAAGAAAGGUGAAGGACGCUCAGAGCCCGUACCUAUUGAAUUAAAAUCCGGAAGAGGUGGGUUAGGAAGAGAUAAUGAAGUGAAGAGAAAAUUAGAGGAUUUUCGUGCAAAAUCAACACAAGCCAAAGAAAAACGUCAAAAGUUUAUGACAGAAGUGAAACACAACUUUGUUGAUCGAAUGAGUUCUAAAUUUUCAGAACAAAGAGCAAAGGGUGAUUUGUAUAAAAGUCAAAAAGUGUGUGCCGAUUUGGAUGUAAGAAUAAAUAUAACAGAAUCUGAAAGAUCUUUCUUCUGGCCAGAUUCAUACAAACACAAAAAUGAAACCGAGUCAGACACAGAAGAAUCUGAAGAAGAGGAACCAGAUGAAGAUUUAAGCUUGAGCUGUGUAGAGCAAUUGGAAAUCUUAACAGAAUAUCUAAGAACUAAACAUUUGUAUUGUGUGUGGUGUGGAACAGCAUAUGAUGACUCCCAGGACUUAAAAACAAACUGUCCUGGUAAUACAGCUGAGCUUCAUGAUGAUUAAAUGGCAAAAUCAGCAUGAGAGAUUUAAAAUGUUGGUAGUUCAAAAAAGUCUUUGUAUUUUUUUUCUAAGAAAUAAAACUGGUUUUGAAUUGAUAAAUGCUAUAAAUCAGUCAGUCUUGCCAUCAAAAAUCAUGAUGGUAACAUCUUUUUUAUCUUGAUCUUAUUAAAUGUCACAAUGAAAAAAAUAUGCAGCAAUUUGUAUGCUCAAUACAUAUUUUAUUAACGUGGUCAAUUCUAAUUUUCUAGUAUUUUAAGAAGAUUACCACAUAUUAUCUAAAUCUUUAUGUUGAUAAAUGCACUGAACUUUUUAAUACUUUUAUGUUUCUUUC